AAAUUGCAAGGGUACAGCUUAUACGAAAAUAAAUCCUUGAUCUAUUAUAAUUUGGAUUUUGAACUACGCGGGUCGUGAAUUAAUUUCCAGGCAGAUUAAAUUGUAAUUGACCCAUGACUACAUGAAACAGGUAGUAAGACGAAGAAUGGUAAAAAUGAUAAGAUCUACAUAGUAUAUUCGUUGACAGUUAUUUGCUAGAAGAACACGUUUUGUACCGAUUGUAUAUAACCUAAACCUUAAAAUUAUUAUAAAUAAUUAUUGAAAUAUUCUAAUUUUUUGUAAAUGCAAAUAAUUGAAUAAUGGAAGUGUCUGUAGGUGACGUUGUUAUGCCAGGUGAUAAAGUUAAAGAUAUUGAAUCGGUAAGCGAUAAACAAAGAGUGAUAUUGGGUCCUGGUUUGAGAACGGACGGCGCAAAUGUUUAUGCUUGCAAAGCGGGAAUCUUAAAAAAGAGAACGGCAGUUUACUUUGUUGAUAGUUAUCAGAAAAGAUACAUACCCAGUCAAGGUGAAAAUGUUGUUGGUAUAGUUACGCAAAAGGCUGGAGAUAUCUUUAGGGUUGACAUUGGAGCCAGUGAACCAGCAUCUUUAUCAUAUUUAGCCUUUGAGGGUGCCAGCAAAAGAAACCGUCCAGAUGUACAAGUAGGAGACAUUGUUUAUGCCAAACUUUUAGUUGCUAGUAAAGACAUGGAGCCUGAACUAGUGUGUGUUGAUUCUUUCGGUAAAAAAGGAAAGUUGGGUGUUUUAAAUCCAAAUGGAAUGUUAUUUAAUUGUUCUUUAAGCCUUGUUAGAAAAAUUCUUAAACCAGAUUGUCCAUUGUUCAAAUUGUUGUCCGAUGAAUUGAAAUUUGAACUUGCAGUAGGCAUGAAUGGUAAAAUUUGGAUUAAGUCCAAGUCAUCUGUUCAAGAUACAAUUGCUGUUGCCAAUGCCAUUUUACUAGCAGAAUACAAACCACAAAGUGAACUUCCAGUUCUGUGUAAUUCUAUUAUAAAAUCAUUGGCUGUAUUGAGAUAAGAUUCAGGUGUAAGUAAGAGAAAAGAACGUUAUGAAUGACUUUAUUAUUUAUUGUACCAAUAUUUGUAAUGAGUUUUUGUAAAUAAAUUUUCACAGUUUUCUUAAUGACAAAUUAUGAUUACAGAAUCGAUCAUAGUGACAUAAUGUGUAAUGAAAGGUUGUUUAGCGUAUGUAGUGUGUUUAUUAUGCGAGAGUUUCAGAUGAUCGAUUACAUUAACAUCAUGAAAGCAGAGUCACUGUAAGCGAUACAUUAAAGUUUAUCUAUUAAAAUUAUCUUUAACUUUUAUAACUGUUUUUCUUCACAUAGGUACAUUUUGUUUAAUAAUGUCAAGUUACAGCAAUUAUGAUUGAACAAUUACAUAUGAAACAGAACGCAAUACAGCAUUUGUUUCAUCAUUCCUCAAUGAGAAUGACAAAUUAAUUUGCAAAUCAGUGAUAUGAUUUUGCAUAUAUAUGUGUAGAUAUACACUUACUCUUAGGAACAGAAGCUUUUUCAAACUAUAUCAUAGCAAUUCAUACAGCGUUAGAAUGUAUCAGGUGUUACACAGGAAUGUCAUUUAUUACUGAAAGCAAAAUUAAUGGAAAGCAUAUCAAAUUUUCAAACACACAUCAACACAUAUUCCUUGUAAUCUCAGCUGCAACUUGCUCACAAAAUUUGAUAUGUGCCUAAUACUCGCUCUCGAAGCACAGCAAUUGAAAAAAACCUCGUCUGAUUUCUAUAUAAUCUUUGAGGGAAUGGGGGAGCAGAGGUAGGCAGAGGUACGCAGAGGUACGGGGAAUAAUAGAGCUUUGACAAGAACGCGUUACAUUUCUCUUUUGUGCACAACCUUUUAGAAUUAAUUAAAAGAUACUUGACUGAGGUCAAACACAGCCUUAGCGACAAUUAUUGCGUGACUCGUCGCCAUACUCGAACGUCAACCUUUCGUUUCUUGAUCACAUAGAUUAUCUAAACUUAUUGCUAUAACGUAUCAACUAAAAUAUCUGUUCGUCUAAAGGCAAAAGAAAACCAAGAAAGCGCUGCUCUGAGAAACACGAACGAGCGCUUUUGUACUCAACAGUGGUAAUGUGCAGGUUUCCCUAUUUCUUUUCAAUUACUUCUUCCGUCUUUCGUUCAAAGUACGUCGAUUAGAUUAGCCGUUUGAAAGCAACUUGUAUCAGACAAAUUCCGAUUUAUCUCAACAAUUUUUAUCUAUAAAUUUGCAAUAUAUACACGCGCAUACCAAUGUCGAGUUUACCAAGGAUUCCUUUUUUGUUGCACGAUGUGUCUGUAAAUUAAAAAAAUAUAUAGAUAUAUUUCCUCGCGAUGGCUGGUAUCACUGUCGCGCAAGCAAUGUAGGCGAGGUAAGAUUCGGUUCAUACAGAUGCUGAUUCUACACGAUUUUAUUCAUCACGAAUUUUUUAAUUUUGCUUAUUUAAUACAAUGCUUGUCUAUUGUACACAAAAAUUAAAAUACUAUAUUUACAAAAAUGAAAUAUUAUCUUGUAUUGAAUCUUUUUUACAAAAAAAUUAAAAAAUGAUUAUUUGGAGUAAAAUAUUCUCCAUGACAUAAUCGUACACUUAAUUAUUUUUUAAUGAUGAGCAGAAUCUUAAUCAUAUAAUUCUUUCAACAAUUUUUUUAUUUCUGCAGAAAUAUUUUAUGUAGAUUAUUGAUGGCUAAUUAUUUUCCAAUCGAAUAUUUUGUAGAAUAUUUAUGUUACAUAAUAUUUUCUUUUUCAAAGAAUACUAUUUCAUGUUUUAUGUUCAAUUAAUAACUAAUGGUUAAUAAAUAAAAUUAAAAAAUUUGUAGAGAAUCAAAUCAUGUAGAAAAGAUAUCUGUGUGAAACGAACCCGGUCGUACGCGAUAGAUUUUGUUGUGUUGAAUUUUAGGUCCUACACAUAUACAUACCAUGACAAUCAAACAAAAAAAUCGAUACACUUAACGUAGAAAUCAAAUGGUUCGACGAUAUACACAAAUAUCACGUGGCGAUCGUAGCUGUGCUGGGGGAGGAAAUCGAUUGUUAUUUCUCGUUUCAUCAUUCCGUUUCUCAAAUUGUACAGCUGCGACAAGUCGAAUUUAUGCACGACGUCGAGCGAGUAUGAGAUACAGAGAUGCACAGAGCACCAUGGAUGAUUUUUUUUCCUACAACGCUCAACUUGUCACGCCUAUCCUUCGGAAAUAAUGGUUUUGCCAGCAACCAUAACAGUUAAUAUUAUCGGGUACGGGCUAAUAUAUACUUAAUUCGUUUAACAUAUCUAUAUAGUCAUUAGCGCGUUAGUUUAUAUAAUAGAUACAUCCGACUACGAAA